UAUUCACACUUCACAUAAAGAGCAUUUAAUUUCUGUGCAAAUUAAGUUUCAGAUUACACAGAUUCAUGUAUGAGAGAGACAUAUCUGGUAGAAAAUCCCAAUAAAAUAAAAAAACCUCAAAAUCAGAUUCAAGUAAGACACCCCUUAAUUUUCUCCAAAUACAAAUCAGUUUUCAGCAAUAAAACCUAACUACCCUGAUCUCAGAGUUAAGUGAGGACGCUUCCAAGUGAAGAACUACAUUACCCAUAAUUCUGAAAAAAGGUCCACCAAUCAGAGAAUGUUCAUGUUGUUACCGUGAAAACUAAAUUGCUGUACUUAACUGACGUUAAAAUAAUACCAACUUCUAAAAACAGAAAAGUCUUUGUUCUCUUCAGGAAGCAAAUGUGCACUUCAUCCCAGUUCUCUGGUAAAAUUCAUUGAAGUGUUACUUUUAGCCAGUUAUUUUCAACGUAACCCCGUCCAAGUAAACACUGGGUGUCAAAACUAACGUUAAAACCCGUUCAAAUCCUACAUUCAGUUGCAUUGGUUUAUUUUUACAAGUGUAUCAUACUCCCAUCAUUGUCUCUGCGCUCAGCUUCUCUCAGCCGCCGCUCCGGGUUUGAUUACUUUCGCCUGCUCGUCUUGUUUUGAUGAAAUGAACGGACGUAAGAGCAGCUAGCUGCCCACCGCACGGCUCUGUCGCUACAAGGAGAGGAGAGCCUCCUGUCCAGCACUGCAACAUCAUGGACGCCUGUGCACGGAUCAGAGGGGUCCCAUUAAAGAGCCGUGCCACCAUGAAGAAAGAGACCAUGCGCGAGGGCUCAAACCCGGGCCUGAAGAGCCUGUUGAAACACAAGAAGGAGCUGUGCAAUGUCGUAGUGGAGCUGCAUAGUAAAGAACCACAGUCCCUAUCAGAAGUACAUUAUGUAUGCUUGCCUAGCCAUGCUGAGGGGGAAGAUUUUACUCUACAGGCUCUGACGUCCCUCUCCACUGAGAUGAUGGAGUUGCUUCGAUCACUACAUGUACACACCCUUAAAGAUGAAGAGAUUCUUCUCCUCAAAGACCCCAAAAGGCCUUUUGAGAGAAAAGAGAGUGUUUCACAGGCCUGUUCAAGAGCUUUGUGCGUAUUGAGACAUAGCCCCACUCCUCAGAUUAGUGUUUGCGGCAUGCUGGGGUUGUUGGCUCGAUACACGGCUGGGAUAAGGUAUGCACUGGAGUUACAGCUUCUUCAGAGGGGCGCUUCAGAAGCAUGCCAAGCUGAGGAUGAUGACACCAAUCAGUCUGUCUCUUCUAUCGAAGAGGACUUUGUUACUGCUUUUGAGCAUCUUGAAGAGGAGGAUACAGGUGGCCAUAGUCAGAGAAACCAAAGGGAUGUGGCAUCCCAGACUGUCCCCUUUCAUUUAAAAGACUUAUCCGGAUCUCGCAUUAUUAUAAGUUCCAUCCCAAGGAAGUCGGUGCACAAAGAAAAGGCUGCUGCAAAAGUGUCAGAAACUGUCCUGAAGUCAACAACGUGGCCCACAAGUUCAGAGAACUCGUAUGCACUUAGCAGUCUUCCAAAGGGACGUGCUACUUCUACAUCCCUCACAGAGUCAGAUGAGUCAGACUGCUCAAGUCCCAGCCCUAUUAUAUUCCUGGAUGAAGUUGGAUAUCAGAAGAGUCUUAAAGCAAAACUUGACAUUCCCAAGAUCCCUGUUUUAAAGGAUGGAGUUGAAGAUUCUGACUCAGAAGUCAGUGAAUUUUUCGACAGCUUUGAUCAGUUUGAUGAACUAGACCAGUCUUUUGAUUCCAACAUCAAGGUCCUGAAAGAACAGCCCCUCCUUGGUCAAACAGAGAAGCUUGUUGACAACUCUGGUUGUAAAUUUGUGUCAAGGGGGUGCUCGACCACAGCAAUGAACCCUCACAAGUUUGAUCAUAGGACUCUUCCAGCCAAUGUCAAGAAACCUACUCCACUUAAACCAGGAUCCCCAUACAGUAUUCACUCUGAUUCACCAGAUUCCCCACGGCCUGCAAGGACUCCCUGCGAGGAAAGCGGGCCGCUCUUCAGUCCAGUUCGUUCAUCUGCAUUUAGCCCACUCGGAGAAGGAGGCUCCUUAGAGUAUUUUUGGAAGGCAGAUGGAGAUGGCUCAGAAUUGCGUAAACCACAGGACCUUUGCUCGCUGUACAAAACGUACUCCGAUUUUGCCAACAACCUGUCAAAAGAAAUCCUUGGAUCGGUCUGUGGGUACUCCUCCCCUGUUGAUUUUAACAUUAAUAAGAACUUGAGCUGUGUGUGUCAUAAGGAGUUCAAAAACACUAAUGGGCAUCUAAUGAAGCUUUCAGACAUCCAGGAGACAGUCACCAUCACCAAAUCCCAAUCACAGUCUCUUAAGGAUGGGAUUCAGAAGUUUGCUACAGACUUGGUUGAAAUGAGCCUUGGAAGUGCCUUAAGGGACUUGCAAAAAGGUGUGUCCUCAUGUACCACUACACUUUGCCAUUUGGCUGCAAGACUGACUUCUUCAGUAUUUCAAAUGGCCUUUCAUGAGAUAGGUAUGCGCCAUGCAUAUGUGUUAAAAGAGCGUGCCAUAAACGGUCUAGCUAGUUUCUUAGUAGGGGAAGCCAUUUCUGGAGCCCUCAAAGAGUUCCUCUUUGUGAAAAAGCAGAUUUUCAACAACACUGUCACACGAUUUGCUGCAGAUCUGGCUGAGGAGUUAGUGUUUGAAGGUAUUAUGGAGGUCUGCCAGUUUUCACAUCCCUCAACUCCACUCACACCAAGUGACUGGUCGUUUGAGCAAGAGGAGGAAGUGGUUUCGUCCUAUGCCUCUGACCUGUCAGAGUCUGUUCUCCAAGAGGCUUUUAUAGAGCUCUCACAAGCUGAUGUGACUUUCACUACACAGGCAGCUAUCAGUGUGUCAGUAGACAACAUUUGCUAUGUGAGUGCUGAGGAUAGUUCUCUCAUCACAAAAACGUGCAGUGCCCAAACAAGCUAUCUUGGAUCUCAGGCCAUUGCAGAGGCUGCAAAUCAAGAGCAGGAUGGUUGCACAGUGAAAAAAGCCUUGUAUUGUGUGUCUGGUAUGGCCAGUUGUGUUCCAGUUCCUGUGGCUGGCAAGGUCAUAUCCCAUGUGAACAACUCUGAUGAACCUUCUCAGUAUAAUACCAGUAUUGGUCACGUAUGUCAGACCAGUCCUAAAAGAACCAUUUGUUGCCAAGUGGAAGUGGCAUCCUCAAACUCAGAGGCCUCUGAAACUACUCAGACUGAGUCAUCUCCAGGUCCUGCAAGAAUCCAGGAUGCCAGCGUGGAGGUAGUUCUUGGCAAUCCAUCCACUGAAAAUGAUUCCACCAAACCCUCCAUUGGAAAGACAUUUCAAAACUUCUCUGGCAAUAUGGUGGACACUAUAGUAGGGGAGGCAUUUGACUUGAUGCAUUCCUCAACAAAAGUGAAGAAGAAAGUGGAGGAUUGUGCAGACUUUUUGAGCAAAACAAUAGCAUCUCGCAUAUCCACUCCAAGCCAGGUAAUUGUUAAAUCACAAGAUGCAUCGACUCCCUCACAGGUUCCCUUUCACUUGGUAUCAAAGGGCUCUUGUGACCCAUCCUCCAGAAGUGUACGUCCAGUCUCUAAGCUCACCCCAGAUGUCCGUUCUGUCGUGAGAAUGGACACACUGGAAGUGCCCACUUUUGAAGUUGCCUCAUGUGGAGGUAGAAAAGCCGGUGCCGAUGAUUUUUCAAGCAGCAACUCUGGUACAAAAUCGACUGAAAUCCCUAGCACUCCACCUUCAAGUCCUCAGCAGUCGUCGGAUGAAUACAGCGAGAAACAGAUCAGACAGUUCUCGAAGAAGCUUAAAGGAACACUCGCAAAAGAAUUUUCUCCUGCGACUCCUCCACCCACCCCUUAUUACCCGCCUGCCACCGACAUCAAAGAAGAAGGUUCGGUUACAGACAAGGCCGAUUUCAUGCUCAAACUCAUUAGGUCUCUCUCUGAAGAAGCUGGCAGCAAUGAAGACGAGGAGGAAAACCAGGAAGAUUGUCCUCACUCUAGAAACUGCCAGGCAGAGCUGAUUCCCAAUGUCAGGAGCAGAAUGAUCGAGAGGAGUGCGCUCCAUUAUGCAGAGCGUUUAGCGUGCCACAUUGUUUCAAUGGCCACUGAGAUGGACACGUUAAGCCUUGGAGAUGUGAAGAUGACUGUGGGUGAAGAAAGCAAAGCCAGUGUCGCCUUGCAUAGCGCACAGUUCUCAGAGCAGACUUUAAAUUCUUUGUGGACGUAUGCUGGAGAAGUAGCUGGAGAAGUCAUCAAUGAUGUCAAGAAGAUGAUGAGUUCAAGCCACUGUCGUCAUAAAACACUGAAAAGAGGAUCUGUCAACUCAGACAAACAUCAGAGCGGAGACAGCCUUUUGGGAAGUUUGACUUGUCAGUGGCCUGGUGACGCCCAAGUGAGCGGCAGUUCAAGUGGGUUGUCGUCAGAAUAUCCAAGUUGCGAGAGUGUCACUGACGAAUAUGCAGGUUACCUUAUAAAGGUGCUUAAGAAAGAGGGAGGUAACCGAGAGCUUAUAUUGGAUCAGUAUGCCACUCGCUUGGCAUAUCGAUCUAUUAAAUCUGGCCUGGCUCAUGCAGCACGAAAAAUAAAGCAGAGAUCACCUUUGAGGCUUCACUCUUCUAGGAGUUUGCACAAUGAUCGUAGUCCUGAUGUUUCCCAAAUUCCCACAUCCAAGUCAUCCCACGGUGCACUUAUUGAUGGAAAAGAUGGAUCGUCUUGUGAAUCCCUGCCAUGUGUUUGUCAAGACGGUCAAGACGUGAGCAGUAAUGAAUAUGUAGAACUUGUGAACUUCGCAGAGUCUCUGGCCUACAACAUCACAUGUGACGUUACGAGAAAGCUGAGAAUGAGCUCUGUUAGACUGCCAAAAUCGCUCACUGAUUCUUGCCUCUACAGGAAAUCCAUUGUCGAGGACAUGCCAGAAAAUCUCAUCAAAAAUACAUUUUCAUGCUCUCUUCUACCUUAUACAGAAACUAACAGGCUCUACCAUAGUACCAGCAGCUUGAAUGACGGCAAAAGCAACAAUGGUGUAAUACAAGUCAUUGAACAUUAUGCCAGGAAAAUUGUCGAUGACACUUUGGAAAUGACGCUGGGGCCGGCGUGUGUUCAGGCAGUGGGGGACAGGAGGUUACUUGAACGCCAUUCCUUCACAGAAAAGCUGGUUGAGGCAUAUGAAGCUUGUCGAUACUGCCAAGGUCGAGAGUGCCUGUUUUGCAGUAGAGACGGCCGCCGUGGUUUCCAGGGAGUGAAAAUAAGAAGGCAACAAGAAUCAGAUGCAGUGACUGGACUAGAAAUUCCUAGAAUACACAUUGAUUUGGAAAAGAGAGCUGCUUUUGCUGAAGAAAUGGUGUCCAGUGCCAUUGAGAAAGCCAAAAAGGAACUGAGCUGCACCAGUUUGAAUGCAGACAGUGGGAUUGGUCAUGAUGGCGCAAGCUUUGCAGAAAGUCUCACCACAGAGAUUAUGACAUCCGCAUUGUCCAACGUCUGCCAAACCGUCAAUCUUGGUACCUCCAGAAGAGAAGGCGUCAAUGUGACGGAGUCAACGGUGAGUCAGCAGCUCAGUUUGAGCGUUGGAGAUGACAGUCUUGGUAGUUGGUCCAAUCUAAGUUUUGAAGAAGACCACCCAGAUGAGAGCAGCAGCUUUCACCAUCUUAGUGACAGCAGUAAUGGAAACAGCAGUAGCUGGAGCAGUCUGGGUUUAGAAGGCGAGGUUUAUGAAGAGCAUUUGUCCUUCUCUCCAUCAGACAGUGACGGCACUGAAGAGAAAGAAGCUGAGGCCAAAGAGGAUUCAGGCGGAGCGGUGCGAGUGGAGAGGGAACAUGGGCCGGCAGAAAGAGCUCUGCUGGUGGUCAGUACAGACGUCCAGGGUCGAGCUGUGGACCCCCAGUUGACGGCUGUGCUCCAGUGGAUCGCCGCCUCUAUCGCUGAUCUGUCUUUAAUGCAGCUGAGUCAGCUCUCAGCCCAGGAGCUGCAGCAGCUGCCGGCCGUGGCACAGAGGCUGAGGGAGAAAGAGUUCAGGGUCGGCGACCUCCUGCAGGCUCUUCUGAGAUACUUUGAAGAACGGCGCACUGAAGAAGAGGUCGGGGACGCAAGGAACGGCCACAAGAGCCUCUUCCAGUGGCUUCUGGAGCAAGCGUAAAUCACCUUCACACUGACACCCGUCAGCCAUUAAACGAUGAAGUUUCCUGUCACUUUACAGUGAUCUGCAAUGUAUCUGCCAAACCUAGAGGCAUAGCCAGUGGAAUGUGUUUAUGUGUUGUGUAUUGCUUGUGCACCCGUGGACACCCAGGGGGCGCCAUAGAAGCAACUGAAGUAAUCUAAGAGCCGUUCGUUCAAGUGUGUGUAUUGCAUGCCGUGACCGAGAGUACCUUUUGCUUGCUUUCACCUCUCUUUUUAUCGACACUUUGUUUUCUUUGAGAUUAGACUGCAUAUCACGCUUUUGGCACGCCAUCACCGAUGCCUACCCUACACCAUGCCACAACACAAAAGACAGAAGGGUUUUAUGAGUUGUUAGGGAAUCCCCAUGGCUGCAAGAAAGCUUAUGUCAUCUCCAUACCUCUCCUUUGUGGGGAUGUUCGCACUUGUCGAAGGGACCAGCCGUGCAAUCCAGCAUUGCUCCAGGUCAACGUAAGGUAUUCCAUGAUUCACAACCCAUAAGAGAAACACUUGGUAAUUAUAACCUUGUUUCAGCACAUUUUUGGCAACAAUACUUUGAUACCAAGCGUGACGGUUUAAAAAUACCAUUUCACUGGUAAUUAGACAAGAGACAGUUAGCGUUGAAAGAAUACAUCAACAAGUAUUACCUUUAACAUUCCCCUCAUGUGACUCAUACAGUUAUUUCAGUGUGAUAAGCUAUUCAUACUGGUAUAAAAUCAAUCCGGUAUACCUGUAAUGUGCUUUUCUAGUUGUUUACAACAUAUGCUGCAGUCAGACUCCGUGAUCCAACGCCCAUAAAGAAUCAAACGUGUUUUAGUGCACUACAAAGUUGGUUGCUACUUUACGGGGAAAACACAAACAUACUCUUCAACUUAGCUUAAAUGGCUGCUAAACAUGCACACCCCUUUGCCAAAUUAGAAAAACUCGCAGUAAGCUAUUGAACGUUACUUAUAGGGGACAUUUUUUUUUUUUGUUUCUGUCUUGUUCGCUCGUUGGAGGUUACUGUGACGCACUGGUAGUGCAUUGCUUAACGAGGACACAUCUGCAGUGAGUAUAUCUGAACUAGUCACCAUCUCUACACCUAAACCUCUCACUCACUGCCCGACCUAUAGUGUGCACUACACUGAAUAUUGCACUUUACCGAGGAAUGGUCAGACAGGCCGCUUCCUAUAUCUUUGUUUAGAUUUCAAAAAACACUCUUAAUAUAGCUAAGCCGUAACAGAUCGCAGACAGCUAGUAGCUGUUUGGCACAUCUAGCUGAUCAAGCCCUAAGGGACAAGUGUCCUCUAUCGAAAGUAUUUUCUCACUGCAUUUUUGUACUUAAAGGAAAGUAGUUUUUUUGCUCACUCUCAUGACGGUCGGAAUCUGUAUGUUUGCUUUAUAUUUCGGAAAACACUUCUGUUAAAGUCUAUUAAAGUUUGCAACAUUUGAAUGACCUGGCCUUCCAAAAUGUAAACAGUUGCUUGGAUAUUUUAUAUAAUUUCUGAAUGAAUGAAAUGUGCUUUGGCUAAGUGGAUAAGAAAAUCUAAAUAUAUUAUAGGUCUUUAGAAAUAUGGAAACCUGUUUCUGCCACAGGAUUAAAAAAAAACAACAGGGUUUUAUCUCAGAAUUUUUACUUUUUUUCUCAGAAUUGCGUAAUAUGUCGCGUAAUAAUAAUUCAAAUUCAACAUUUUUUUUAAUAAGAAUUGUAAAGUAUAAACUCGCAGUUCUGAGAAAAAAAGUGGCAGAAAAAAUAUUUAAAUUUGCAAUUUCUUUUUUUUUUUUUAUUCAGAUUUUUAGUGUAGCAAAACAUUAGGAUUCUUCCAAAAUUGAAGAAUCACUGGACAAAAGCUGCAUAUGUGUUUUGAACAGCAAUGGGAGUGAGUAAAUAAUGUAAAGUUUAGAUGACCUGUUCCUUUAAGUCUUAUAUUUAUGAAGCUUCUGAGAUUUGUCUUACUUAGAUACUGUUACGGUGUGAUUCAAUGGUGAAAUAUUAUGGAGGCAAUCAUAGUUUGUAAAGAUUGUUAUAUCUUGUGCUUACUUUCCUGUAAACACGCAUGACACGCUUUCAGCCCAUGCUUCACGUACUUCUCUUAAGUGUGCAUGGAUGUGCUCUUCAGUGCUGAUUCAUGAUCUUGUGCAUGGUUUUUAAGCCGGCCAAUGCCAUAUAUGCUCAAACUAUCUGCUACUAUGGGUAAAAAAAAAAAAACACAUUUCUGUAUUCUUGUUGUUGCGUAACAUCGGCGCUGCCAAAUAUGUUUGGAUCUGCACUCAAACAGUAUUUGUUUACAUUCUUUUGAAAUAUUUUAAAACCUGCCAUACACUGUGUCGGACAUUUUCAUAUGAUAGCAGUACCACCUAAACCGUAAUGUGGGAGAGGCGAAGAAAGGUAAAUCCUGUAUACGAACAUUGACUCUUGAGUAGAUUUGAGGAGGUGUUGGCACAAGCACGCCGUGACCAUCAGCGCUGCCUCAUUUUCAGUGGGAUUGUAUAUGCAUCUGUGCUCUUGCAGUUAUUGUAAACAUUAAUGCUGUAGAUGUUCUGCCCUUGUGUUCUUAUUUCCCCUUAUUUUUGUGUACAUUCCUAUAUUUCACAAAUGAUCUAUUGCUAUUUUGUGUUUAAAGUAAGGCUACAUGUAUAAUGCAGAAUACACGCCAUACUAAACAGAUGAAUAUUUUGUUACUUGUGCAGUGUUCCUCCAUCCCGUCUCCUCUAUUUUCUUCCUGCCCAUUUGUAUAAUAUUGCCAAAUAAGAUAUUUAAUAAUUUAUGUAAGUAUAAGUUGCAAUGGUGAAAACACUACUUGUCCCCCCCCCCCAGUGAAGUUGCUGAGUAGUUUACACAUUAAAGCUUAAUGCACUACACCUGUACACUGUAAAAAGCUGUGGGUAAUAAAGCUUUUUCAUUUGA